CCUGCCACGUCCCUGUCCCCCCAGGCCCAUGACCUGCAGGAGCUGCGGCGAAGCGCCUCGCUGGCCACCAAGGUCUUUGUGCAGCGGGACUACAGCGACGGGACCCUCUGCCAGUUCCAGACCAAGUUUCCCCUGGAGCUGGACAGCCGGCUCGAGCGGCAGCUCUUUGAGGAGACAGUGAAGACCCUCAAUGGCUUCUACGCUGAGGCCGAGAAGAUCGGGGGCAGCUCCUACCUGGAGGGGUGCCUGGCGUGUGCCACGGCCUACUUCAUCUUCCUCUGCAUGGAGACCCACUAUGAGAAG